GCCACCAAGGUGGUCCUCAUCUGGGCGCUGGCCGCGCUGCUCAUGCUGGGCACCCGCUCCCUGCGCAACACCAUGGCGCCGCCCCUCGUGGUCGGCUCGGACGGGCCCGACUUCUGCUUCACCUUUACGCACAUGUUCCGCUCCGACAGCUCCAGGCAGACGUGGCUGUAUGUCCUGGACUGCCUCUUCUCCGUGCUCGUCGUCCACACGCUCGUGGUGUUCGUGUGGCGCGGGGCGUGGUGCAUCUUCGACAUCUUCCUCUACCCGAAGCGCUACGACUGGUCCGCCUGGGGAUCGCUGACCAUCGGCUACUGCAUCACCAUCGUGGCAUUCAGCCUGCAACCGUGUAUGAUGUCCGUAGUGCAGAGGAUGUCCGGCUUCUCACGGGUCCUUGUCGUUGACAUCUACCACUUGUUCUCCUUCUUCGGGACUGUCAAUGUGUGGAGGGGCGUCUGGAACCUCCUCAACUUCUACUUUCUUCCGGAUAACCCUGUGGCCAGCAAUUGGAUCAGUCACGUAUUGCCGUUCCUACUGCUGGUGCUGCUCAACAGCGCCAACUCCAUCCUGGUUCGCGGCGUGUACAUCGACGCCGAAGAGGAGGGCGGCCAGUGCGUCGAGUUCCCCAUUUACUACCUCAGGCUUUUGCCCUGCACUCCCUCUCUUUCUUUUUCCAGCUCCAGGCAGACGUGGCUGUAUGUCCUGGACUGCCUCUUCUCCGUGCUCGUCGUCCACACGCUCGUGGUGUUCGUGUGGCGCGGGGCGUGGUGCAUCUUCGACAUCUUCCUCUACCCGAAGCGCUACGACUGGUCCGCCUGGGGAUCGCUGACCAUCGGCUACUGCAUCACCAUCGUGGCGUUCAGCCUGCAACCAUGUAUGAUGUCCGUAGUGCAGAGGAUGUCCGGCUUCUCACGGGUCCUUGUCGUUGACAUCUACCACUUGUUCUCCUUCUUCGGGACUGUCAAUGUGUGGAGGGGCGUCUGGAACCUCCUCAACUUCUACUUUCUUCCGGGAUGCACAGGAGCACUGAAUGUGUUAAAGGUGCCCACAAUACGACUGUCGUAA